GGCGUUGAAGCCAGAAAGAGCGAAGAAGACGGAAGGAAGGGUGUGGGCGCCGAGUGAACGUGCGGCCGAAUGUCGUCUUUAUAUUAUUGAUAUGAAGAUCGAUAUUCGUUCAGUUCUGUAUUGAUCCGGGAACAUGGAGAAGCAGAUCACCGUCUGGUUCGGCGCGGGGCUGCUGCUGGCGGGCCUCAACUUCUCUCAAGCUCAAGUUAUACCGACAUAUUUCGAGGUAGGCGGUAAACUCGACCUGAGGCCUACUGUGACUGAGACGAUCACCAACAUCCUGUGGAAGUUUAACGGGAAUCUACUGGCUGAAUGGGUGAAGGAUCAGGUUGAGUUGUUUUAUUAUGAGAAAUAUAAAGACCGCACAACCCUGAACACAACCACUGGAAAGCUGGUGAUCGGAAAGAUGGGCAAAGAUGAUGCAGGUGUGUACACAGUUGAAAUCAACAACAAGGUCCACGGUCAGAGCUAUGAUGUCAAAUGGAUCACCAGAGUGACCAAACCUACAGUUGUGUUCAGACCACUGACAUGUGGCCACGAGUCAGAGAGCUGUUCUGUGACCUGUAAUGGCAAAGAACCUGAGAGUCUGAGAGAUGCUGAACCGAUCGAGUACAGCUGGAAGAUCGGAGAGAAAGACUGGAAGAUGAUGACGAAGGACAUCACCAUCACCAGUGCUGAGACUAAGACAGAAUCUAUCAGAGAAAUCUCCUGUCGGAUGAAGAACCCUGUCAGUCAGGAAGACAGUGAACCAAAGGAGAACCCGAUGUACAAAGAGCCCCCUCCCACUCCCACUCCAGUUGGGCUGAUUGUCGGCUGCAUAAUUGCUGUUGUACUAGUGGCACUUAUUGGGGGAGGAAUCUGGUUGUGGAAAUGCAGGCCAGAUCUCCUCCCGGGAUGGAUUACUCAAUGUAGAGGUGGAAGUGACAUUGAGUCUACAGGUGAUAAACCACGUGAUCCUCCUCAUGGGGAUCCAAACCACGCGGCUGGGGCUCAACCCAACAACUCACCUGGGGCUCAACCCAACGACUCACCUGGGGCUCAACCCAACGACUCACCUGGGGCUCAACCCAACGACUCACCUGGGGCUCAACCCAACGACUCAUCUGAGCUUCAACCACUCAACCCACAUGACACUGCAGCAGAACCCUCUGCUUCCACCAAUUGAAGCUGUGCAGCUUUCUGUCUCACGUGAACAUGAUCAGAUCUGUUCUCUGCGAUUGCUGUUAGUUGUUUUUUUAAAGCAUGUAUGUGUGUUUUCGUAUCAUCGACUGUUACUAGCAGCAGAGUGAUUUUCAUAUGUUUUCCCUUGAACGGUGGAGUUGCAGGAAGAGCAGCAUGAAAAACGUGGCUAAAUUUUAUAUAUGCGAUGCAGAAUGUGAGUGUUAGUGUUUCCCCAAGCUGGUGACACAUGACUAAAACCCAUUUAACAUGUUUGUAUUCUCAUAAGAAGUUGCCAAGAAUGUCGUCCAAAGAACUGCAGCAGUUUGAGAUCAUGAGCAGCAACAGCGCGCUUCUUCGUCUUCCCCUCUGCUCAUUGACAGAUGACAUCAUCUGUAGAGGAGCAUGCUGUCAGCCAUCAUGUCACUGGAGAGUGUUAUUGCUGCCUUAAGUCACUUAAAGCAAUUCGGCUCCAUUUAUCUGGUUUAACUUCACCGAUUCCUAUAUAAAUGUAUGAUAUGUAAAUACAUCUGUGCUAGAUAAGGGAAGACGGAUGAAUGGUUGAUGUCUCUCGCAUUUCAGCAGCAGUCUCACAGUAUUAACACAAUACAGUGUGAUCCAAACAACAUACUAAAAGUGUGAAGUAUCAAAUGACCUGCUGGCUUUGACAAAACAGUGCAUGUUUUUAUCUCUGCUGUUCCAUGAUCUACUGCGCCGUCUGCCAGGUGUGUGUACGAGGAAGCGUUUGACGCAGACUCUCUGUGUUGAACACUUGUGAGAAUCUCACUGAGGAGAGACAUUAUUUUAGCUCUUGUCUGAAAUGUGUGUGUUUGUUUUUUUAAUGUUUGACGCAGCAGCAGCAGUAGAAGAAGAAGAAGGUGAAUGUACCCUGUGUGAUUACAUCAUACAUGCUUCUGUGACAGAUUUUUAUGGGUGAAUUCCAGCAUAAUGUCAAUCAGUCCACUUUUUAAUCCAUCUGUCUAUUAUCUGAUCAGUCCCAAAACAAUCUGGUUCCAAUCUUACUGUUUUUUAAGUACUGGUUUCUGUGAUUGCUGUUUUAUUGCCAUAUUUAGCCUCUUAAUUUGCUCAAAGUGCCUUCUGUGUACAGGCUACAUUAAUGCCACUAUAUGUAAUUUAUUUGAGGAACAUAAAUUGCUUGUUGGCGUUUGAUUCUUUCUUAUGAACUUAAUAAAUCGGUAAACCGCC